AUGUGUGUGGAUUUUAGGGAUUUGAAUAAGGCUUGCCCUAAAAAUGAUUUUCCUCUUCCCCAUAUAGAUGUCCUAGUGGAUAAUACGGCUAGUAGUGCCUUAAUGUCUUUUAUGGAUGGUUUCCCAGGAUAUAACCAAAUCAAGAUAGCUCCUAGGGAUAUGACUAAAACCACUUUCACCAUUGAAUGUGGGAUCUAUUGCUACAUUGUAAUGCCAUUUGGGCUCAAGAAUGCAGGUGCAACUUAUCAAGGGAUGGCCACAACUUUGUUACAUGAUAUGAUGCAUAAUGAGGUCGAGGUGUAUGUCGAUGACAUGAUUGUAAAAUCCAAGGAUAGAAGAGCUGGGAAGUUGCUAGGCUUCCUAGUAAGUGAUAGAGGGAUAGAAGUGGAUCCAUCCAAGAUUGAAGCCAUAUUAGAGAUGCCUUCACCCAAGAAUGAGAAGGAAAUAAGAGGAUUCCAAGUUGGGAGCAUGCUUACACAAGAAGACGAUGAUAAGAGUGAGAGGGCAGUGUACUAUUUGAGCAAAAGAUUCCAUGAUUAUGAGACCAAGUACACCCCCAUACAGAAGACUCAUGUGGGCCAUAUAGAAGUUGAGACACAUCAUCCUACCAUUCCAAGUAUGGGUAGUAGCCAGGAUGGAUCCAUUGAAUAUGUGGCAAGGAAGACUAUCAAGGGGAGUGUCGUGUUUGAUUUUUAUGCUGAGAAUCCUAUAGAGGGGGAGAAUGGAAAAGAAGACUUCCUAGAUGAGGACAUCUUGGACAUCAAGCUAGGGGCAUGGAAAAUGUAUUUCGAUGGAGCUUUAAACCAAUAUAGGAAUGGGAUAGGAGUACUUUUAAUCACCCUUGGUGGAUCCCAUAUGCCUUUGGUUGUCAAAUUGAACUUUGAGGCAACCAAUAACAUGGCAGAAUAUGAAGCUUGUAUCGCAGGAAUGGAAGCUCUCCGAGAGUUAAGGGUAAAAGAGGCAGAGGUAUUUGGAGAUUUGACCUUGGUUAUAGCUCAAGCCCAGAAGUUAUGGAAGGUAAAGGAAGAACAUUUGAAACCUUCUCAGCAAUAUCUAGAGGACUUGACAAAAACUUUUGACAAAAUUGAAUACACGAUCAUUCCUAGAGCUCAGAAUUAG